AUGUUAAAAGUAGGUUUUUUUAUUCUACUUAUAGUUGGUAGUUGUUAUUGUUUGGAAGAUUUAAUUGAAGAUGCUAGAGCAAUGAAGAAAGGUUCUGCUAAAUUGAUAGGUAUGAUUCUACUAUUUAUCCUCUCGAAAGUAGCAAUCUUCAAGGCUGUAUCAGUAUUCGUGAUGAUGGCAUUUUUCCAAAAGCUUUUUACUAUUGCUGGCGUCUUCUUAAAGCAUUAUAUGAAGAGACCAGCGCCAGUAUACGGUGGUCCUAACUACGAUACAGUUGGAUAUAGCUACGGGGCUCCUGAAGAACAAUUGAAGGAGGGAUACUUUGGUAGCGAUAUGACGAGUUCCUUCGACUGGCUUCUGACUAAGAGUAAAUGA